UAGAGGAGAUGCGGUAGUUACUAACAACGAUGCUACUACCUUCACUGACGAAGACAAGGCCCUCAUUCAACGUGAUCGUCGUGCACACGCCGCUCUAACCAUGGCUUUAUCAACAAACGAUUGCAACAUGUUUGAAGAACACCGAACUGCAAAUGCACUCUGGAAUGCAUUGAUCGAGUACUAUGAGGGAAAUGAAGAACUGAUCGAAAGCAAGAGAGAUAUGGUGCAGAAGCAAUACGACAUGUUUUGCGGAGUCCGUGGAGAAAGCUUGUCUGAUCACAUUAGCCGCUUCCUAAACAUGAUGACCAAAAUGAAGAAAGCAGGAAAUCCUGUUACCAAUCGUGCUGCAAUAAAGAAACUGCUUGAUUCGCUCCCCAAGGAAUGGAGCCUGCAGUGUAUGAUGAUCAAGAAGGAUUUCCUCAACAAUCCUAAUCCUGUCACUCUGUCAGAUCUGAUCAACACCCUAAGGGCAUUUGAAAUGGAUGUUAACAAGAGAGAGAUGAACACUGCUGGAUAUCAACCUAAAGCAACUCAACCUUCAGCAGGAUUGAAGAAUGUAGCAUUUCUCGCUUCAGGGGGCAUCACUCCACAAGCUUCUGACCUAAUUUACGCAAAUGCUUCCGCAAGCGCAUCUAAAGCCCCACAACUUGUUGAGAAGACUAUCACUGUCGAUACUCAAGCAUUGAAAGUUUCCACCGAGAAUGUGGCACUCUUCAACACAUUUCUGAGCAGCUAUGAAGCCCUAAUGUCUGGGGAACUGAAGAAGGAAAUGUUUACUGCCGAAGACAUGUAUCAGGUUGAUCCAGAUGAUAUGGAAGAAAUGGAUCUAAAAUGGCAAAUGGCCAUGAUCACUCUGAGGUUAAAGAAAUUUCAAGACAAGACAGGCAAGCGAUUGGGUCUUGGAAAAGCUGGCUUUGACAAGUCUAAGCUGAGGUGCUACAACUGCAAGAAUCUUGGACACUUCAAGCGUGACUGUCCGUUGUUGAAAGAGGGAAACAGUGAAACUACUCCUGCUGUUAAACAGAUCACUGUUGAAGAGAACAAAAGCAACGCAUCUCCCAGCACGCCAAAGGCUUUAGUUGUUGAAGACUAUGAUUGGAGCGAAGAGAUCACUGAAGCUAAGGAACAAGUCAGCAAAGCCCUGAUGGCCAAAAUCUCAAGUGAGUCAUCUGCAAGGCAGUUUGAGAAGCAGACAACUGGAAUCCCAACUGGAAACAAUGAUGCUGACAAGGGAUUGAAAGGUAUUCUGCCUUCAGUGAAGUCUGGUGAUCAAGCUAAAAAGGAUGCUGAGAAAGGAAAGGAUAAAGCUCAAGCUACAGCCAUGAAAGCAGAUGCAUCAAAAGAGAAGGCUGACAAAGACUUGAUUCCAUUGAGUGUAAAGAGGAUGUGUGCGAUGAUGAUGGAGACUGCGGAGGGUCAAAAAUAGGAAUUGGUUACUCAGGCGACAGUUAUUCCACCGUUAACUGGUUCGUCUGGAAUUGUUCUAAAAACAAUGUUAAGGAUGAAUGUAAUAGUUUAAAUAGGUUGGAUGACUGUAAUGGCCAAGUGCCUAAAAUUAAAUCCGUGGAUGACUGUAAAGGCCAUGUGCCUACA